GUUUCACUUUCAGUAGCACUUGGGAUCCCAGCGAGGAAGAGGAAACCUCUCUCCAAGACAGAGCUGGAGCUGCGACGUCAGAGGAGGGAAGAGGCUGCGGCCAAGAGAGCCAAGAUGCAGGAGGACAUGAAGAAACGCCAACAGGACCAAAAACAGCAAAAAAAAAUGGCCUGGUGGGAGUCCUGUGGCUACAAGUCACUGUGUCUGCAGGCUGUAGACAGUGAGGAAGAGGAGGAAGAGGAAGAUGACAGCAGCAUGUGCUCCGCAGACUCGAACGUCACAGAUAUCCGCUACGUUCUGGGAGAUGUUACUCAUCCGCAUGCUGCUAAAGGAGAUGCUAUCAUCGUCCACUGUGUUGCCAGUGUUCAUCUUCCUCGAAUCGGCCACUCCACCAAAGGGUUCAACUGGUAYGGCACAGAGAGGCUCAUCAGGAAACACCUGGCUUCCAGAGGCGUCCCCACUUUCAUAUAUUAUCACAGCAGAGCUGUGAAGAACCCAGCCACGCCACGGGCCCCUGAGGCAGCAGAGGCCCCGGGCCCCUCGGCUCCGCCCCACUGUUCCAGCUCUGCAGAACUCCCCAGUUUCAUGAUGGGAGUUCGGGUUUUUUUCUACAACAUUCCUGCAUCUGAGCGAAAGAGGCUGGCUCGCUACCUCAUCACGUAUGAUGGAGACGAGGAGGACGUGAUGGGCACAGAGGUCACUCACAUCGUGGCUGAGGUGGAGAACAACAUCCACACUCAGGAGCUUCAGGAACUGCUGGAUCAGAACUCAAAGGCUGUUCCUGUUCAGAAGGCCUGGUUGGAGGCCUGCUUCUCCAAACAACAACAAGUCCACACCGCACCAUUCUUGCAUCACUUUCAUUAGCAGAAGAGUGGUCUUUUUUAAAUCAUUUUUWAAUUUUAUUAGUUUCCUGUCAAGACUGAAUAAACUCGUAAAGCCAACAGACA